GAAUCCAGCUGCCGAAAGAAGAUGAUAUUUCUCUCCCUGUGAUAUCAAGCUCUCCAACUAAAGAAACAGAUGAUGGUUCAGAUCUUUCCGUUGAGGAGGGUGAGAAAAUCAAAGAGGAGCCUUUAACAAUUUCAGAAUUGAUCUACAAUCCAAGCACCAGCUUGCUCCCCACUCCUGUUAAUGAUGAGGAGAUAGACCUUCUCUUUCAAACUUCUCCAAGGGCAGAAAAUGGGAAAGAAGAUACAGAUUCAUUUGAGGAACUGGAGGCGGAUGAAAAUGCAUUCUUGGUUGCAGAGGAGGAAGAGUUGAAGGAAGCCCGAAAAGCACUUAGGUGGAGCUAUGACUUUUUGAUGGGUAACUUGAAGGUAAAUGCUGCUGUGAAGAGUUUUUCCAGACUUCUUUUUGUUGGGCUUGGGCUAUUGCUUGUGGUUUUCCCUCUACUACUUGUCCUUCUGGAAUCAGACCUUGACAUCUCUUUCCUCCAUGAAAUCCGCCAGACACCAGAGUUUCAACAAUUUCACAUUGAAUAUUACUGUCCUCUCAGACAGUGGAUAGCCUGCAAAGUAGACUUCAUUAGCCAUUUGUUUGGCAGCUCUUAAACAUAAAAAAAAAAUGUGCAAAACUAAGGGCUAUAUUCAAAACUAGUGAAUUUUAGUCAGUAGUUAGGUGCUCAUAAACAUCCUGCAGGUUAUCUUCAAUUAGUUCUUUAUUUUGAUAGACAAUAACUUCAAAAUUCUUACAUUUACUUUUCGUAAUUGAAUAAUUGAUGUAGUAGUGGCCUUUAAGUAACCAAAAAGCAGUCUUUAUUUUUAUUUGCUUUCCUGUUUUUAUCAGUAAUUAAGCUGAAGAGAAAGCUAUCAUUUCUACCAUAUCAAGCCAUGAUAUCCUAAUUUUAAGUAUUUACUACAAGUAGAAGAGGAUGCUUUUGAAUAUAUUCCUUAGUAAAACAAUAUCUACUAACCAAUGCCUAUAUAAGUACCUACCAAUUGCUCGGGUUUUAUUAUUUUUUUUGUUUGAUUUUUUUCAUUUAAAAAUAUUUUUAUGUCUUUACAAAUUUUGGUAAAUUUUUAGCAAAUGCAAUUUCUGAAAAUAUUUAAUGUACAGAUGAAUAAAUGCACAAAGACAUAACAUGAAUUUUUAAAGCGUUUUAUCAUUUUUAAAAAAGACUAAUAUUCUUCAAGAUAUGCACAAGGUGAAUAAUUCAGAUGGAAAACAAGCAUGUCUGAUCUAUAUGGAAAGACUGAUUAACAAGUUUUUGGAAGAAUUAUACAUUAGGAUAAAUCAGUGUAACUGUGAUUUAUAGGUGAGAAUUCCAUGGGAGGAGAAGAUACUCCUUUCUUUGUACAGUGUUUUUUUUUCUGUAUGCACAAUCAGCUCGGAAGGGUAUUUGCAGAAAAAAAUCAGUGGAUGCAGAAAUGGUUAAGCAUACUCUCCUAUCGGUUUAACCUGUCCUGCAUAUUCCUCAUGUCUCUGAGGAAUAUUAAUAUUAAGCAGCAGAUACAUGACCAGUAUAAUGUAUAGUACCACAUUGCAGAAGCUGUUCUGAAACUGAAGAGUGGGAUAUAAUUUUCUCAAGAUGGAAAUUUGGAUUUUUACUUUGAUGCACUCAUGAAAGUUUUUCUUUGCAAAGUAGUACAAAUACAGUUUUGAGGGAGAUUUAGAAAUUUUGAAUUGAGUGUACAUGAUUGUAAGUUACAGAGAAAUGGUGAUUUAAAAAAAA